UCGUCUUAGAGUGAGAAAGAAAGAAGUCGGGUUCUUUAAAUCUCUGCUUCUUGCAAUUGAGAUAGGUGGAGUGAACGAUUCUCAUCUUUGUUUCGAAAUGGAGAUUUUCAAUUGAAGAAAGUAUCAAAAGUCAGUGAUGUCAGAUCAUUGGAGGGAAUUUAGAGUUCGUGGAGAGCUCCAAUAUCAUGAUGUGUAUGUCAUUUUGGAGAUACACCAUGGUGGUCAGUUUGUCGAAGUUGGUGGUGGAAGGUUUGAAUACAAUGGAGGUGAAGUUCAUUGGGUGGAAAUGAUUGAUCCAGAAAAAUUUUCUUGGACAGAUUUGAAUACUUUUGCUUGGAGAUUAGGUUAUAGAAAGCCUCCUGUUCAUUAUUGGUUCAAGUAUCAUGCAAAACCAAUAUACUUGCCUAUUAGAAUUGACAAGGAAGCUGUGGGUAUGCUCUCAGAUUUACCUAAAGCUAGGAAGGUUGAAGUAUAUUAUGUUGGAGGAGGUGAUAGAGAUGUGGAAGUUUGUGAGAAGGAGGAUCAGAUUAAAGAUUUUUCAGAGGUGGUUCCACAUUUAAAGUUUAUGCCUGAGAUUAUUAUGGUACCACUUAAAUCUGCUAAUGUGGGGAAUGAUAAGGGGAAGUGGAAAGAGUUGGAUAUUGAAAACAGUGAGGAUGAAGAAGUCUUUGAGCAUGAUGAUGAUGACGAAACAGCGAAAGAAGAGGUCGAUGACAAGUUCUUUGACAGUGAUUAUGAAUUAAACCCCGAGGAUGAUGGUGAAUCAUAUGGUGUCGAAGCAGAUGAUGUUGAGUUCAAUGCAAAUGUCGAUGAUAUAAAUGAGAUUGAGGAAUGGACUGAUAUGGGAUUUACUGGUGAGAUAUCAGACAAUAGUGAAGACAGUGCUGAGUUGGUAAGUGCAAAUGAGGAAUCUGAAGAUGAAGUUAAUGAUGGUUCAGUCUCGAGUAAAAGGAAAAAGAUCAAAGGGAAACAUUGGGUUCCUGAAAGAGAUAUGAAAAACCCCCACUUUGAAUUGGGUCAACAUUUUGAUAAUAGAUUUCAAUUUAAGGAGGCAGUAAGGCAUUAUGCAGUACUUAACCAGGCAAAUCUGCACUUUCAGAAAAACAACAAGACACAGGUCAUUGCGGUGUGUGGAAAGAAGCAGAAGGGCUUUAUCGGGUAUCCCAUGUCCUCAUGCAAUAGCUUGUAUCUUUGUGAAAGGGCAUGAUCCAGCUCAAUAUGUUCAUCCCUACUAUAGCAAGCAGUUCUAUUUGCAAGCAUAUGCAUAUCCUAUCAAUCCCGUUCCCGGAAUAGACUUGUGGAAAAUGGUAGAUCAUCCCAUUCAACCUCCACCAUUUAGAAGACUGCCGGGGAGGCCAAAGAAGGUUAGGAGAAAGGAAGUAGGAGAGGCCAUACCAGCUAGUGAAGGGACAACCACUGCAGCAACUACGAACCCAACAAUACCAACAUCAAAUAAACUGCCCAAGAUUGUAUAUGUUGGUGGAAAGUGCAGUGUUUGUGGGAAUCCAAAGCAUAACAUGAGAACUUGCCCAACUCGUAAGAAGGAGACAAAUGCAGAGCGAGAAAGUGUAAGUGUAAAUGUGAGCACUCAAGGAAAUAACACUGUCAAUGUGAGAGUCCAAAAUCAAGGCAAUAAUGAAGUAAGUAUUAAUGUCAAAUCCAAACAAGUUGCUGCUGCAAAGAAACAGGUUAGGAGAAACAUAAGUAAGGUUGGUGAAGCAUCUAGAUCAAAAACAAUAUCUUCCCAAAGUGCAGCUUCAAACUCUAUGCAUACAUCAUCUCAACCAUCAAUUCCCACAACAAUUUUCCAGCUUAACGACUCAUCCUCAAGUCAGCCUAUUGGUUCAUCUAGGAAGAGCAAAGUGUCAUAUGUUAAAGAUGGGACUACUGAAGGGAAGAUUUGAAAGUAUUGACAUAUUUGUCAAUCUAUUUUGUUAGGG